UAGUCCAGCCGUUCGCAACGCAAAAACCAGCACAUGGGGCCUAAGCCUCGUGUAAACUGUUUUUAAUUUUUGUAACCGAGAAGAAUUAACUUAAUUUUUGUGCUGUUAGUGACUGACGACGACGAUAUAAGCAACAGAGGAGGAACAUUUGGGACCACCAAAUCUAACGAGAACAUUCGCAAAGAAACCUUUGUGAUACCUAAAAGGGAACUGAGAGUUAACCAUGGAGGACGCCCACAGUAGAAGCGUGGAGGAGUGCCUAAACCACUUCAACGCUGAUCCGGAGCGGGGCUUGUCGCCUGAGCAAGUCAAGAGGAAUCAGGAGAAAUACGGACCUAAUGAAUUGCCUGCUGAAGAAGGCAAAUCAAUAUGGCAGUUAGUUUUAGAACAAUUCGACGAUCUUCUAGUCAAGAUUUUGUUAUUAGCCGCUAUUAUUUCAUUCGUUCUCGCCUUGUUCGAGGAUCAUGAGGACGCUUUCACCGCUUUCGUAGAACCAUUCGUCAUCCUGCUCAUCCUCAUCGCCAACGCAGUCGUCGGUGUCUGGCAAGAAAGGAACGCUGAAUCCGCCAUCGAGGCUCUGAAAGAAUAUGAACCAGAGAUGGGCAAGGUCGUCCGUGGCGACAAGUCCGGUAUCCAGAAGAUCCGUGCCAAAGAAAUCAUUCCCGGUGAUAUCGUUGAGGUGUCCGUCGGUGACAAGAUCCCAGCCGAUAUCCGUCUGAUCAAGAUCUUCUCCACCACCCUGCGUAUCGAUCAAUCCAUCUUGACCGGAGAAUCCGUUUCCGUCAUCAAGCACACCGAUCCUAUUCCAGACCCACGCGCCGUCAACCAGGACAAGAAGAACAUCCUCUUCUCCGGAACCAACGUCGCCGCCGGCAAAGCCCGUGGUAUCGUCAUCGGCACCGGUCUUAACACCGCCAUCGGUAAAAUCCGUACCGAGAUGUCCGAAACUGAAGAAAUCAAGACCCCACUGCAACAGAAACUGGACGAGUUCGGUGAACAAUUGUCCAAGGUUAUCUCUGUCAUCUGCGUCGCCGUCUGGGCCAUCAACAUUGGUCACUUCAACGAUCCCGCUCACGGUGGAUCCUGGAUCAAGGGUGCCGUCUACUACUUCAAAAUCGCCGUCGCUCUCGCCGUCGCCGCCAUCCCAGAAGGUCUUCCAGCUGUAAUCACCACUUGUCUCGCUUUGGGUACCCGUCGUAUGGCCAAGAAGAACGCCAUCGUCCGCUCUCUGCCAUCCGUCGAAACCCUUGGUUGCACCUCCGUCAUCUGCUCCGACAAGACCGGUACCUUGACCACCAACCAGAUGUCCGUCUCCCGCAUGUUCAUCUUCGAGAAGGUCGAAGGCAAUGACAGCUCUUUCCAUGAAUUCGAAAUCAGCGGAUCCACCUACGAACCAAUCGGUGAAGUAUUCUUGAAGGGACAGAGGGUCAAGGCUUCCGAAUACGAAGGUCUCCACGAAUUGGGAACCGUCUGCAUCAUGUGCAACGAUUCCGCCAUUGAUUUCAACGAGUUCAAGCAGGCCUUCGAGAAGGUCGGCGAAGCCACCGAAACCGCUUUGAUCGUCCUCGCCGAGAAGAUGAACCCCUUCAACGUUGCCAAGUCCGGAGAUCGUCGCGCCGCCGCCAUCGUCGUCAGACAAGACAUCGAGACCAAGUGGAAGAAGGAAUUCACCCUCGAAUUCUCCCGCGAUCGUAAAUCCAUGUCCUCCUACUGCGUACCUCUUAAGCCAUCCCGCCUUGGAAACGGACCUAAACUCUUCGUUAAGGGAGCCCCAGAAGGUGUCUUGGAAAGGUGCACACACGCUCGCGUUGGAAACCAGAAGGUCCCACUCACCAACACUUUGAAGAACCGCAUUUUGGAAGUGACCAGGCAAUACGGUACCGGCCGCGACACCCUCCGUUGUUUGGCUCUCGCCACCGCCGAUGCCCCAAUGAAACCCGAAGAGAUGGAUCUUGGAGACUCCAACAAAUUCUACACCUACGAAGUCAACCUUACUUUCGUUGGUGUCGUUGGUAUGUUGGAUCCCCCACGUAAGGAAGUCUUCGACUCUAUUGUCAGGUGCCGCGCCGCCGGUAUCCGCGUUAUCGUCAUCACCGGAGACAACAAGGCCACCGCCGAAGCCAUCUGCAGACGUAUCGGAGUCUUCACCGAAGACGAAGAUACCACCGGCAAAUCCUACUCUGGUCGCGAAUUCGAUGACCUCCCAAUCUCCGAACAAAAGGCCGCUUGCGCCCGUGCCAGGCUCUUCUCCCGCGUAGAACCUGCCCACAAGUCCAAGAUCGUUGAAUACUUGCAAAGCAUGAACGAAAUCUCUGCCAUGACUGGUGAUGGUGUCAACGACGCCCCAGCCCUGAAGAAGGCCGAAAUUGGUAUUGCCAUGGGAUCCGGUACCGCCGUCGCCAAAUCCGCCUCCGAGAUGGUCUUGGCCGAUGACAACUUCUCAUCCAUCGUCGCCGCCGUCGAGGAAGGUCGUGCCAUCUACAACAACAUGAAGCAGUUCAUCCGUUACCUCAUCUCCUCCAACAUCGGUGAAGUCGUCUCCAUCUUCUUGACCGCCGCUCUCGGUCUCCCAGAAGCUCUCAUCCCAGUACAACUCUUGUGGGUCAACUUGGUCACUGACGGUCUCCCAGCCACCGCUCUCGGCUUCAACCCACCAGACUUGGACAUCAUGCAGAAGCCCCCACGUAAAGCCGACGAAGGUCUCAUCUCCGGAUGGUUGUUCUUCAGGUAUAUGGCUAUUGGUGGAUACGUAGGCGCUGCCACCGUCGGUGCUGCCGCUUGGUGGUUCAUGUACUCCCCAGAAGGACCACAAUUGAACUACUACCAAUUGACUCACCAUUUGGCUUGCAUUGGCGAAGGAGACGAAUUCAAGAACGUUGACUGCAAGGUCUUCACCGAUCCUCAUCCAAUGACCAUGGCUCUUUCCGUACUCGUAACCAUUGAAAUGUUGAACGCCAUGAACAGCUUGUCUGAAAAUCAAUCUUUGAUUGCCAUGCCUCCAUGGUCCAACUGGUGGUUGAUGGGCUCCAUGGCUCUCUCAUUCGGUCUCCAUUUCGUCAUCCUCUACGUUGAAGUACUCUCUACCAUCUUCCAAGUAACACCAUUGAACGGAGACGAAUGGCUGACGGUCAUGAAGUUCUCGAUUCCAGUCGUGCUUUUGGACGAAACGCUGAAGUUCACCGCCAGAAAGAUCGCAGACGUUACGCCCGUCGUCGAAAUCAGAAAGUAAGAAAAAAAAGCACCAAAAAUCGUACCAGCAACAACAAUAUCAUCCAUCAACAACAGUGACUCAAGAGACUCAUCCGGAGUGGACGUGUUCUCGGUUUCCCGGGAACGCGCGCUCAUCUCCAAAAACUCAUCCACAGCAAUACAAAUCAAUUAAGAAAAGUUACAAAAAAAAUCAAAACUAGUUUAAUAAAAACGAAAAUUCCCCCGUUAAAAAGACAAUUCAAAUUAAUUCGAUGACCCUCAAAAUAAUUCUUGUAAGAUUCGUGUCUUUUGAGCCGUUGCUAGGUAAUACGAUAAAUUUAACAACAAACA